AUGGCGGCUCUUCACUUGGUGCACGUAGUGUACCAGUUCAUGCUGGCGGCCGCUACGCCUCUAGCAGAACGGCCACUUUGGUUCGUCGUCGUGCCUCUAAUGCUAGUGCUAUUGCCUGUCAUCUGCCGACGCCUCCACCACCGUCCCAACGCCGGUGCCGACGAGAGGAAGCAGUUGAAGCCUCUCCUGCCGUCGCCUCCGGGGAGGCUGCCGGUCAUCGGCCACCUGCACCUCAUCGGCGACCUCCCACACGUCUCCCUCCGUGACCUCGCCACCAAACAUGACCGUGGUGGCGGCCUCAUGCUCCUCCAACUCGGCACCGUCCCCAAUCUCGUCGUCUCCUCCCCGCACGCGGCGCAGGCGGUCCUCCGGGCGCACGACCACGUCUUCGCCUCGCGGCCGACGCCCAAGGUCUUGCACAACUUUCUGUACGGGUCGUCGACCAUCGCCUUUGGACCCUACGGUGAGCACUGGCGUAAGGUUAGGAAGCUUGUCACCACGCGCCUCUUCACCGUCAAGAAGGUGAACUCGUUUCACCAUGCCCGCCAAGAGGAGGUGCGCCUGGUGAUUGCCAAGCUGAAGAAGGCCAUGGCUACAGGCAUGGCAGUGGACAUGAGCGAGACGAUGAACACGUUCGCCAACGACAUCAUGUGCUGCGUGCUGUCGGGCAAGUUCUUCAGGGAAGACGGCCGGAACAAGACCUUCCGGGAGCUGAUUGAGAUGAAUGUUGCCCUGUAUGCAGGGUUUAGCCUAGAAAACUAUUUCCCAGGGCUUGUGAAUUCGCUAGGUAUCUUCACCGGGUUGGUGAGCAGAAAGGCGGACGAGACGCAUGAAAGAUGGGACGACGUGCUUGAAAAUAUCAUAAGCGACCAUGAGAGGCGAGCUGAGCAAGAAGAGAGUGCAGACUUCGUUGACCAGAUGCUCUGUGUUCAACAAGAGUACGGUAUCACCAGAGAUCAUAUCAAGGCCAUCUUGAUGGACCUGUUUGAUGCGGGCACGGGCACAUCAUACUUGACUCUUGAACUUACCAUGGCUGAGCUCAUGCGCCACCCUCAUAUCAUGACCAAGCUACAAGCUGAGGUCAGGAACAAGACACCAAAUGGACAGGAAAUGGUCAGGGAAGAGGACCUAUCUAGCAUGGCCUAUCUGAGAGCUGUCGUGAAGGAGACGCUAAGGUUACACCCACCUGCUCCACUGCUCUUGCCUUACCAAUCUAUGGUGGACUGUGACAUCGAUGGGUAUACAAUCCCCUCUCGAACUCGAGUCAUCAUCAACGCUUGGGCUGUCUGUAGACAUGUAGAGUCGUGGGAGAAAGCAGAGGAGCUCAUGCCGGAGAGGUUCAUGGAUGGUGGUAGGGCUGCAGCCGUCGACUUCAAGGGGAAUGACUUCCAGUUCAUACCAUUUGGAGCUGGUCGAAGGAUGUGCCCUGGCAUCAACUUUGGGUUGGCCACUGUUGAGAUCAUGCUGGCAAACCUCAUGUACUGUUUUGAUUGGGGGCUGCCGGCUGGUAUGGACAAGGAGGAUAUUGAUAUGACAGAGGUUUUUGGAUUGACGGUUCACCGAAAGGAGAAGCUCAUGCUCGUUCCGAAACUACCUGGAAGCGCUUGCUGCGCUUAA